UCUGUUUGAAGGAGAUAAGAUAAGAAGCAGGAGACAGAAGAGUGGGACGAUUUCAACAUGCUUUUAGGAGGAGUAAGCCGUCCUGGGCCAGUCCCUGCUUUCCUCCGGAGCCCUGCGGUCCUCAGUCCUGGUCUGGACCUCAAACCUUUUCUACAGUUUCCCCUCGAGUCCCCUCACCCCGCCUCCAUUGGCCUCUUCCACAACUUCAACACUAUGGACCCAGUGCAGAAGGCUGUGAUGACGCACACAUUCGGACCUCCGCUGCUCAAAACCAAACGACCAAUCAUCUCCUGUAACGUCUGCCAAAUCCGCUUCAACUCAGAGAGUCAGGCUGAAGCUCAUUACAAGGGGAACCGUCACGCGCGCAGAGUGAAGGGGAUCGAGACAACCAAGAACGGAAGAAUUCAAGAUGGUGACCGACAGAACCCAGACGCGUCACCCUGCCCACCGAGCCCCGAGGAAAACAAACAAGGUGAGACCAGACCCGAGCUGCAGCAUUCUGGAUGUUCUGCAGCUUGCUCUCCCAGCUCAGAGCCCCCCUCCACUCCCCCCUUCAGCCCGGCAGGUUCGGAGUGUCCCUUACCUGGCUCCCCCUCUCCGGCCCUCGCUCUCCCUCCUGUGGACCCCCCGUCGGACCCCCUCACUGCAGCAGAGACACCCUCCCCAGCCCCUAGCCCCUCCUCUGCAGAGUCUGAGGAGGAGAAGGCCAAGAAACUGCUCUACUGCGCCCUCUGCAAAGUGGCUGUCAACUCACUGUCACAACUGGAGGCGCAUAAUAAAGGUACCAAACACAAAACCAUCCUCGAGGCUCGCAGUGGGCUGGGACCGAUCAAAGCGUACCCUCGGCUCUGUCCCAGGACCGGUCCAGACCAGGACCCGGGAUCAGACCCAAACUCUCAGGAACGAACCUUCCACUGUGAGAUCUGCAAUGUCAGGGUCAACUCAGAGAUGCAACUCAAACAGCAUAUAUCCAGUCGACGACACAGGGAUGGAGUUGCAGGAAAACCCAACCCUCUCCUGAACCGACACAAGAAGCGCACAGACUUUAUGGAACUUCCAAAGCCUCUCGGGCCUGGCCUCAUGCCCAAUCCUCUGGCAGUGGCAGCAGCAAUGGCGGCAGCAGCAUCUUCAAACCAAUUGGCUCUUCGUCCUCCAGGUCCUGCAGCUCAUCCCCACCUGCUGCAGGGGGCACCACUGAGCCUGCUGAGGCCUGCCCCAGGACCUAUCCGCACUGCACACGGACCCAUCCUCUUCACCCCGUACUGA